CUCGUCUAACUCACCUGGUCCCGGACUGCACUGAAGAGGAUUUUAACAUAAAUUAUACAGCUAAUAAUUCCUAAUAUGAUACAGUCAGUAUUGCUGGCAGAAAAGACUAAAUUCUAUAUAAAUAUCUUUCCAAAACCAGGAGGUGAAUGAAAAGGUACUAUGUUGUUCAAGACAUUAUUUCAGGGAUUUACUCUUUCUCAGUUAAGUGAUCUUAGACUGUGUGGAGGCAGUCCCAGGCUGGUCUCAAGGUCCUAAACCAGGACCAGGAUGCAUCAGCUGUUUAGCCAAGUGCUGGGCCAGAGGGAUCUGUCCAGAGCAGGUGAUCUGUUCUCUCUGGAGGACACAGACAUCGAAGACUGUCUGUCUCAAGCUCUGGACCAGAUUAAGGCAAUCUCCUGCUCACUGGACUAUUUGACCAAUGACAAUGACCAGGCGGUGGUGGAGAUUUGCAUAACGCGCAUCACCACAGCUAUAAGGGAGACAGGCUCCAUCGAGCGGCACAGCACGGCGCUCGUGGGACUGUGGGAGUCCUGUCUGGAGCAUAACCUCACCCCGCAAGGUGAAAACACAGAAGAUACUCCGCAUGCGAAAAUCGCCUCUGACAUCACCAGCUGUAUCCUGCAGAACUACAGUUGUCCUUCGGUCAUGGUGCUGGCUGUCCCGGUGGCCGUGCGGUUCCUGCAGAGGGGGAACAGGGAGCUGAGCAGGAACAUGUCCAGUUACCUCUCGCUGGCCGCUAUAGCCAAGGCUGAUCUGCUGGCUGAACACACAGAGGCCAUAACAGUCAGUGUGCUGGGAGGUAACCACAUGCUGUUACGAGUGCUGCCCUCAGUCUACCCCAAACAACCAGAUACCAUUCACCAUCACCUAGGCAACCUGACUGCCAUGAUGCCACAGCUGGAAUCCACUGAGCAGCAACACCUGAUCAGACUUCUCCAAAUGGUCGCUGAGCAACAUCCACUUAUGUUGAGUCCUCAGGUUCCCACAUUGGUCAGUUACCUAGGGAACCAGUCUCUGACUGAGGCUCUUUUGGGUGCCCUUGUCGAUGUGUCUCAAGCAAGUCCUUCCUCACUGGUCAGCUUUCUGCCAGCGCUCAGGAUUGUGGGACAGCAGUUCUCUGCUUUCCUGGCUCAUGUGGCCAAAAUCCAUGGUGCUGUGGGUAUCAUCAGUGAGACUCAUGCUCACAGCUCAUUGGUCUACCUGGUGUCCCUUCUGGGCAGCAUGGAGCACAGCUUUCACCACACCCUCCUGCUGGAGAUCAGAGUUCUGACUGACCGUUACCCAUCUUUGCUGGGCGGCUGCGGUAAAGACAUCUAUAGGAUGAGUAACUCUUUCACUGCUAUAGCCAGACUUCUGGGAAGACGGCUGGAGGAGAAAUCAACCACGUACCGCAGGGUGGAAGAGGGGUUCCCAUCAGAUGGAGGAGGAGGGGCACCAGAGCAGCAACUGCAGGUGAAGAUCCAGGCCUUUGAGGAGAAAUUGGGGCAGACAGGGCAAGAGGAGGAGGCGGAGGCAGAGGAGGACUCUCCUGCCCCCCAGCGACGCUACAGCCUCAGCCAAACAGUCAGGGAGGAGAGACGUGAGAUGAGGUUCAACAGGUCAAAGAGCCUGGCUCUCCAUGUUGUGCGUUCUCGCUCCAUCAACUCAGACACCGGGGAGGAAGGUGAAGGGGUGGAGCUCAGCACAGAUAGCACCUUUUCCAACACUUUGCCUAAUCAGCAUUCAGAAAACCAUGACGACUCACCUGCUGAGAGGAAACUGACUCCACUAGACAGAGCGGUCAAAGAGGCUGAGAAAGAUCAAAGUGGAGAGAAGGAUGGACAGAAGAGGGAGCGGGGGGAAGCUGACAGACUCUUCAUCCAUUUAAGAGACAAUAUGCAGAUGAUCAGAGAGUUCUGUAAAGAAAUGGUGCAGCAGAUCCCCAUCCCAGAGCAGUGUGUGAUAGAAGAUUCCAGUCGAGGCUGUGUGGCCAAGCUUUCGUUCUCCUGUCCUUUGAAGGGCCACUACUGUCUGUACGCCAAAUCCUGCUUCACCCUGACCGGCCGGCAGCCACAUCUUUGGAUUCACAUCAUGCUGUUACAUUUACAGAGUAAAUCCAGCGUCCCUCUCAGCACCGGGGACGAGUGUGUCCAAAAUCUGGCUUCUCUGUGGGAAAAGACGCAGCUUAAAGGAGCUCACAGCUUUUCCAUGGCCAUGACACAGCAGACUACCCCACACAGGAAGGACCUGGACAACCUUCAGAUCCAGCUGGAAGAGGUGCGUUUCUUUGACCUGUUUGGAUACAGUGAGGAGGAAGGAGGUUGGCUCUGCUUCAUGUGUAACAACCCUGAGAAAGCUACAGUUGUAAACCAGGAGGGCCAGCCUUUGAUCGAGGGGAAGCUGAAAGAGAAGCAGGUCCGCUGGAAGUUCAUUAAGCGCUGGAAAACCCGCUACUUCACCUUGGCAGGAAAUCAGCUCCUCUUCCGGAGAGGCAAAUCAAAAGAUGAGCUGGAUGACAUCCCAAUUGAGCUGAGCAAGGUCCAAAGUGUCAAGGUGGUAGCCAAGAAGCGUCGGGAUCGGGGCCUGCCGCGUGCCUUUGAGAUCUUCACAGACAGUAAAACGUACGUGCUGAAGGCUCAGGAUGAGAAACAUGCUGAGGAGUGGCUGCAGUGCAUCAAUGUGGCUGUGGCUCAGGCCAAAGAGAGGGAGAACAGGGAGGCUACCACCUACCUGUGAGACCAACACCGACAGAGACGCCCACGUGAUGCGAAAGCACAGUCAAACAUACACUGACUUCCAUUUAUUCUAGAUGUAUGACCUGAAAAGGAAAACAGAUAAAUGCACUGCCAGGAACUUGUCGGUAGCACUGCAACUUCACACCAGCUCCGUCUUCAGUCACAAUAAUGAUGGAGCGCCAAUAAAAAACAAUCAAAAAGAAAGAUUAUGCAGUAUUUUUAGACUUAAGACUCAUCAAACCAGCAACAAAAGGCUGAUGAAGGAUGGUGACCUAUUUAAAACACGACUAUUUACUGUUGCAUUAAACAAACCUGCUUCUUUGCAAUGCUUCUCGACAUAUAGACCAUCAUCAGUGAUCACACACGUUUGUUAUAGUGUUAAAUAAGUUUUGUGGGUUUUGAUGUCGCCUGACUGGACCAACACAGCGUGGAGUUUUCAACUUCCUCCUCUCGAAACUGGAGAGCGCUUCGACAACCAAACAAAGCCAGCAUCAGCACAAAGUCGGGAUUUCUCCGUUUAAUGAUGCAUGAUGAUUGAGAUGUCCAGAGGAGUAUUUAACAAUGAAGACUUAAUCAAAGCACAGACCUCAUAAGGACUUGUAGCAAUAAUGAUACUGAGCAGUUCCUCUUGAAAGCAGGAAGAAUGAAAAAGGAGCUUAAUGGGCAACAGAUGGGGAGUGCACCCGAUACUGGAAUAUGGUGUGUGUGUGUGUGUGUGUGUGUGUGUGUGUGUGUGUGUGUGUGUGUGUGUGUGUGUGUGUGUGUGUGUCUGAAAGAGAAUGAGCGUGGACCCCUUCAGGAAAUAGAUUAUUUAUUUACUGUGUUCAUGUAUCUGUGUGUGUCCAGUGAAAUGGCAACGCAGCGCUGUCUCAUUGUGCAGCUGUCAAAUGAAGCUAUAGCAGAUUUCCUAAAAUGUCAAACAAUUCCCAUAAUAGGAUAUGUUAAACUCAUUUUGUGUCAUGUAUUUUGCUUUAUUCUGUAUUUUUCAUCACUAACCUGGGUUUUUCCUAAUAGGCCUCUUGGGGGGGGCGCAUAUAGUUGAGACACAGGGUCUUUGUUCCUCUACUUAACAGAAGUCUUUUAGUUUUGAUAGACAAAAAAUGUAUUAUGAUUUUUUUUUUUUUUUUCAAAAAUGACUCCUUUGGUGAAAGGCCAGUACGACUUUAGCAGGCGGCAACAUUUUUACAUGCCAGGAACGAUCCUCCCAACAAACCCAACUUAAACUUGUGAUACUAUUUUCUUUUCUGCCUUUGUGCUAAAGUGGCUCAUGAAGCAAGUCCCUUAAGAGCCCCGUGCAGUGGUCAGUUUCUGUUCUGUUGCAAUCGCGGUAACUGUAGGGAACGCACUAUUUCAGGCUUUUUCAAACAAGAAAUAAUGCAGCAAUUUUACAAGGAGCAGUGUCAGCCCGACUGUUGCCUAAUAGUGGAGUUUGGCUCACAGGUUUCUAAAAAAAAAAAAUCACUGAAGUAAAUGAGUGGUUUCCUUGUGGAUAUAGAAACGUGGCCAGUUCAGUCGUAUUGAUUUUAGAUGACUCGGUGAAAGGCUUUUGUUCGGAGAGUGGAGGUGAGCUGUCAUACUUUAAAACAAAAAAAGUGGUGGAUGGAUGAAGUGGCUCUAGUUCCAGUUCUCUCUUUUCUCUCCUCUAACUCAUAGGAUGCACCACCUGAAAAAUAUCCGCCUGUGUCAACACCUCUCUUUAACCCUUGGAUGUACGAGUGACUGGACCCUACACUCUUCUGCAAGUGUGUCAAAAGUCGUAGAUUCAGUGUGUGUUUUUAGGCCAUUUUUGUCAUUUUGGUGAAGAAUAAUCAUCUGUUUGAUAUUCUAUAUUAUACUUUGGUCCGCACAUGAAUGAUUUCAUGUUUGAAAUAUUUUAUAUCACUUUAAAAUUUUGCAGCAGCAGAAAAAUGUCAACAUCCAUUUUAUGUGUGUGUGUGCACACAAAAUGGGUGUUAACGGAAUGGCGUUACCUUGGCUCGCUGGCUUCCUGUUAAAUCCAGAAUAAAAUUUAAAAUUCUUCUCCUCACAUAAAAGGUCUUGAAUAAUCAGGCCCCGUGUUAUCUUAAAGAGCUCGUAGUACCGUAUCACCCCAAUAGAGCACUUCACUCUCAGACUGCUGGCUUACUUGGGGUUCCUAGAAUAUUUAAAAGUAGAUUGGGAGGCAGAGCCUUCAGCUCCCAGUUUGGUUUU